GUAAUAUAUAGAGCUGUCCAAAACUGUGUUCUCCUCUCUUCUUUAACCAUUUUACUCACCAAACAAAAACUCUCAAAGACAACAACACUCUGUUCCUAUGGCAACAGAUCAAGAAACUCUUCUCUCAGAUGGUUACGUAGAAACGGCGACGGCGACGUUUUGUGGGUGUGGGCAUCUCUGUAACCUCCGGGGGCUCUGGAACUGUAAUUUGCAAGAAGAAAAAGGAGAAAGUUGGUUGAGCAAGAAACUUAAGGGGCCAAAGGAGAUUUCUGAGAAAAUUGCGGGGCCAAAAUGGAAGAACUUUAUAAGAAGUUUUAGCAAUGGAAGGAAGAAGAUGAAGAGGGAUGUGGACUUCACGUACGAUCUCAAAAACUACAGUCUUAAUUUUGACGACGGCGGCGAGAGUACUUCACCGGAGAGAUAUGUAACUCCGGCUGUUAUAAAAGUUUGAUAUAUUUAUUUUCCCUUUUUGUAUUAUUUUUAUUGAUCGUGUUAUAAAUGUUAAUACCAAACAUAGAGAAAGUGGUAAUAAAAUAAUUUAGGCGUUACUUGUUGUUCAAUCGCC